AUGCGGUUGGCGGAAAGGAGAUUCACGGUUAAGGAGUUCGCUUCUUCUUUUCGUUUGUGCAGUACAUCGCAAUGCCCUCCUGAUCCCCCAGCAGUACAAGCAGCUGACCCAGAUGCGCCCAUCGAAAUACAGAAGAAUCCAUAUGAGAAAGAAGAACGGAAAUGUUUACUUUGUCGUACUGGAAUUGAGCUAGACUAUAAAAAUGCCCGUCUUUUGCAGCAGUUUGUUUCAACUUUUUCUGGUCGAGUCUAUGAUCGACACAUUACGGGCCUCUGCGAUCACCAGCAGAAGAAACUAAUCGAAACUAUUGCCUUAUCACGUAAAUCUGGUUACAUGCCCAUUUUUGUGAAGGAUCCGAAGUAUACUCGGGAUCCUAAACUUUUCGACCCACUGAAACCUCUUCGUCCCCACUCCUUUGCCUAA